AUGACGUUUAUGUUGGUAGGCGGGGCAGCCAAUGUUCCACAGCUCCGACGCCACAAGAGGGACUGGGUAAUCCCAACAAACAAGCUUAAAGAGAACUUUGACUACACUACAGCAGGUUAUGUUGCCAAGAUCAGAUCAGACUCUGAUAAAGAGAUGAUCCUGUACUACUCUCUGCUGGGUCCUGGGGCCAAUGAAGUACCAUUGAACCUUUUUGUUGUGCAAGAGACCACUGGACUGGUGUAUAUCCGAGGAUCACUGGACCGAGAGGAGAGAGAAACCUACAUUUACGAAGGUGCCAUUGUGGAGAACACGGCCAAGGUGUUGACAGACAUCAUGCUAACAGGAGUGGCCAGAUUUAAUAAUGGCAGUGUGGCUGAAGCCGGAAUAAACCUUAGGUUUGAUGUGGAGGAUGAGAAUGAUAAUACACCUGUUUUUGUUCCUGUACCUCCAGCUACAGUCAAUGAAUCCAGUCCAGCAGGGACUCUUGUCGGGGUGAUAACAGCCACUGACGCAGACAAGGCCAACAGUUCCCAUUCAAAGAUUGCCUACAGCAUUGAGAAGCAGGAGCCCUCUGAUGGCACGGACCUCUUCUACAUAGACAGAAACACCGGAUCCAUCUACAUUAAAGAAAACACCUUAGACAGAGAGAGACAAAGCUCCUACAUCUUAACAGUUACAGGAAGUGAUAUGGAUGGAGCUCCUGGAGCCAACACAGGCACUGGGACUAUUCAUGUCCACGUAGUGGACAUCAAUGAUAACAGACCCAUGCUGGACAAAGACGAGAAACCCUCAGUAAAGCCUGUCUUUGUUUCGGAGAACCCAGAGGACAAUCCACUAAUGGAGGUGAUUGCUGUCUUCAAAGCCACUGACACUGACAAUGGAAAACCUGCAGAAAAUGUUCGAUAUGCUAAAGGCUAUGAUCCUGACAAUUGGCUGUUGAUCGACCCAGAAACAGCUGAGAUUAGACUUCAGAAGUACCCAGACAGAGAAUCCCCGUUCUUGGUUAAUGGAACUUACUACGCUAAAAUACUAAGUGUAACUGAUGAAACACCACCUAAGAUGAUCACAGGAACAAUAGCGUUGCAGGUGGGAGAUGUAAAUGACAACUGCCCCUCACUGACCAAUGAUGUGGAGUACAUCUGCUCAGACACUGAAGUCAUUAACGUGACAGUGGUGGAUGAGGAUGGAGACCCAAACUCAGCCCCUUUCAGCUUCAGCCUUUUGUCAGAGGAGACCCAAGGGGAGUGGAGGGUUGAACCUUCAAAUGAUACCCGCGCAUCCCUCAGGGCUCUGAGACCACUGUGGCCUGGUCACUACAAGGUUGCUUUCAUCAUCCAGGAUCAGCAGGGCCUCGCAUGCCCAGACCCCCAGUACCUGGACCUAUAUGUGUGCUCCUUCGUAGCGGUCUUUCUGGUGACCUGCUCAUGCAGAGGAGUGUCAGGGACCUUCACUGAACUUCCUUUUGAUACCAGAGAACACCUCAUUGUCUACCACACAGAGGGCCGGGGAGAGGACAAGAAUGAGUCUUGCACUGAAAGUCCUCUUGUGUUUGACCAGUUCAUUGUGGAGUGGGUGGGAGACAUUGUCCAAGAUUUUUCCGGUACAGCAAGAGGCCUCUAUCCCCAGGGGGGGAGAGGGUAG